AUGAACCGAGCUCCAGGAGCAUACAAGAUCUCUUCUCAAUCUCGCUCUAAGCUUGACGCUUUUCGUUACAGCAAAGAUACACAAAAUCCAGAGAAGACCCCUCAAAAGCCCGCAACGAAAGGUCAUGCCAACAAGGAGAAUCAAACGUCAUGGCUGAAUGGUGUGGUGGAACAAAGGCAACCAGGAUCGGAUGGCAAUUUACAUACAAUCAAAACAACCGAAUCGAAGCCUGUCAGAGACUGUCCUCAUACACCAGGAAAUCGGAUACCCCUCGCAGAUCUGAUUAGCAAUGCUGAGGAUGCCUUCAAUAGCGCCCCGGGACAAGAGUUUACGCCCGAAGACUAUGUCACUUGGCAACAUGUUCCUCCGAGCUCAAACGCCGAUUCAAUGUCACAAACACCUGCAAUGCACGGCAAGAAACGUCGGCACAGCUCGUCGCCAACUAGUUCCCCUCUGGCAGCAACCUCGAAAAGCAAGCGAAAAGGAUCUUUGGACCCAAGAAACGAUUCGCCUCUGAGUAGAACCCCUCAGCACGACCUUGCCACUGAACUAUGGAAUAACUAUGUGGGCAAGUCCCUUGGCAAUGGCACCAGCGAACUCCCUCAACCACGCUUUGCGCAAUUGCUUUCAUCUUCCCCACAAACCCCCGUAUCAGCUCGAACAGGUCGAGGCUCGUCUGGGCUAAGACGUUCAAAUAGCUGCAACGCUGAAUGGCCUACUUCUAAGACGAAACGGAGAAGGGUGGAUCACGAAAGGUUUGGUACGGGUCGCAGUAUUUUCUCCAGGACAAGGAGUAAUGUCGUCGAUUCGGGCAACAAACGAGUUUCCAAUCUCACUACACUCGUUGAGCAGAUAGAGAAGACCUUGCAGAAGGUACCUGAAAGAUCAAUUGCGCCCGACUCGUCCCCAGUCCCAAAGAGGGGCAAGCCAUCAAAGAGUAAUCUGGCGUCUCCAGCAGAGGGCAGGAGCCCUUGCGGCUCUCCGAAGACAACCAAGAAUGUGCUUUUUUCCCUUGAGACCGAGACUGUUCCGCAAAGAACAGAGCUUGGUGGCGACUUGUCUUCAGACUAUGGAGACGACGACUUUGAUGAGGAUUUCCUUGAACUUGCGGAAGCCUCAAUGGAUCCCUUUGUGGAAGAUAAGCCGCCGCGCAAUCUUGCAGAGAACCCGGCCCCUGCAAGUCCGACGGCGGCGCUGCGAAAUGGAGGAGCCCCCCUCCUCCAUGAAGUAACGACUUGCGCUGCCACUGACACAACGAACCCAGAUGUGGAUGUGACCAUGACAGAUAACAAAGAAUUUGACCUUGACGGUGACGAAUUCGACGAUGAUUUUGAUGACCUUUCCGACAAUAUAGAAGAUCUUUUUGCCGAGUGUGAUAAGAUACCAAGCAUGAAGUUAGCGAGGCCCAUACCCAAAGGUCCAAGCGUGCCAGAACAGCCGCUGUCCGGCACUGGACCUCGGCGCUAUUUUGCAGCGACAGCUGGAUCAAACAACGAGACGGAAAAAGAUUCCGAAUUUUUCUCUGGUGGUGAAUUCGACGAUGGUAGCCUAGAUAUAAAUGCUAUCGAACAAUCUAUGAGGCAAUCAGGAAAUAUUAGAAGUCGACAAACUAUCAAACGUUAUUUGAUCAUUGAUAUCGCGGAGUCGGCGUAUAAAACCCCAAAAGGACGCGUCCAACCAGAGCAGGUC